AUGGCUGGCAAACGUAAAAGAGUUGUAAAAGAAACAAAGAGUAAGAAGUCUCCUUUGAAAAAGUCGAUGAACAUUUGUUCUAAGCAUAUCUUCUCUAAACCUUCCAUUUCACAAAUUCGGAAAGAACUGUUGUCUUGGUACGAUGCAAAUCAACGGGAUUUGCCUUGGCGGACAAUAGCUGCAUCUGAAGUUGAUCCUAAUGUCAGAGGAUACGCUGUUUGGGUUUCCGAAGUGAUGCUGCAGCAAACGCAAGUCGCAACAGUCAUACCUUAUUUUAACAAAUGGAUCAAGACAUGGCCCACCAUCCAAACAUUGGCCGCAGCUGACUUGGAAGACGUCUAUAAAGUGUGGGCGGGACUGGGGUAUUACUCCCGGGCUCGUAGACUGCACGAGGGAGCCAAGUUCCUCGUGACGAAGAUGAGUGGAACGAUGCCGCAGGAAGUAGAAGAUCUUUCGAAGAACAUUCCUGGGAUUGGUCCAUAUUCCGCCUCUGCGAUAGCAUCGGUAGCCUUCCAGAAAGUUGUCGGAGUCGUUGACGGAAACGUGAUUCGAGUGCUGUCGAGGAUGAGAGAGGUGGGGGCGGACUCUUCUCACUCGAAUGUCCGAAAUCAUUUGUGGUCUUUGGCAAAUGAACUGGUUUCGGACACCAGGCCUGGAGAUUUCAAUCAAGCCCUCAUGGAACUGGGAGCGACCGUGUGCACCCCACAAAAUCCCAAGUGUUCUGAGUGUGCCGUGCGCUCUUCCUGUGCCGCUUACUCAAAAGUGAGAACAGAUACAGAUAUUGGAGCUUUAGAUUCAUUUUUAAAGAAGAAUGGUAAAAAGAAGUCAAAGUCAUGUUCUGAUGUUGAAGAGUGUCACCUGUGUUUGCCUGAUCAUCUCUGGAAAUCAAAUCCUCAAGUCACCGUCUUUCCGGUCAAGGCACCAAAGAAGAAACCUCGGGAAGAGAGGGUGAUGGUCUUGGUCAUCGACAGAGAAAACAGGUUCCUACUGAUCAGGAGGCCUGAGGAAGGGCUGUUGGCUGGCCUUUGGGAGUUCCCGAAGAUUAUUUUGACGGGUGAUAAAGACGUGAAUGACUCUCAGGACGUUUUACUGAAUGAGUUGACAAUAGAACAAUCCUCGGUGAUUUCCCGGAAGCAUGUGGCGGAAGUGAGCCACAUCUUCUCACACAUUCGGACCACAUAUGUGGUGGAGCACAUACAGGUGGCGCCCUCUCUUGUUGUGGAAGAUCUAGAAUGCCCGACGUCUUGGUGGAACGCGAGUGAAGUCCGAACGGCGGCAGUGUCCACGGCUGUCAAGAAAAUAUUGGACUCUGUGGAGAAGCUCCUGAGAACAGAUCAUCCCAAAAAGGACUCCAAGGCUUAA